UUAAGUAUUAUUUCAAAAACUGUUUUCGUGCAACAAUUAUAUUGCAAAAUAAAUAAUAUUUUUGCACAACCACUAAUUGUUAUAAAAUCAUGAAUGUAAAAGUGCUUUUGAUUUSUUUUGGCAUGCUAAUAUUGAGUUGUCAAGUGUGUGAUGGCCGACGUGGACGCGGUCGUGGACGCACCAAAUCGCGAGUACAAAUCGGUUUACCCAUAACGGGCAAAUAUCGCGAUCCUGAGUCGGAUCAGUAUUACAACAAUAAUAAUGGCGCAAAAAUUUUGCAAGCCUCGCAUUUUGAUUAUGAAUACGUUUUGGGUCAUAAAAUUGCUUUCCUUUGCGUGGCCAAAGGUAAUCCACGUCCACACAUAACCUGGUACAAAGAUGGCACAGAGAUUUUUCARCAUCUCUAUAUGCAUGUACAUGAGUGGCGCAUUGGCGAGGAUAAAGUCAAAUCGAAAAUCGAAAUCGAUCCGGCCACACARAUGGAUGCCGGUCUUUAUGAAUGCACUGCUGAUAAUAUGUACUCAAUUGAUCGGCGUAGUUUCAAGACAGAUUUCUCUAUUGCUUUCGAUUAAUUUUGUGAUGUUUGCAUUUUUAUAAUACUAUCAUAGCUUUUUCAUACCAAAAAUAGCUUUUCUGUGCAGCGUUAUUUUAGGCCGUUAAUGAAGUUUUACAAAUAA